AUGUCUGCGACUUGGCUGACGCUCUUGUUCACGGCAUGGCUUUUGGGCGAAUGCCAGAGCAGUUCGCCGGAUGAAUUUGCUCCGCCGGCGACAAGUCACGAAGCCGGCAAAGUCAACAAUGUCACGCUGACUCCGCCAGGACACAGCGUCGUCGCACAGGGGAACGCACAGGACUUCGACCGGGACUUGGACCAGGACCCACUGACACCACAUGCGGCCCCAUCGUCGCAGCGGAAACUCUCGAGAGGCAAGCGCUUUGUGGCCUUUCCCCAGGGUUCAUCAGCAUCGGUGGCCGUCUGCUUCACCGUGGGCAUCAUUGGUAAUCCGUAUUAUGGCUACAACAGUUUCGGCCUGAAUUGGGGAGUGGCUUAUGACCUGCCGAAUACCACGUGGGUACUACAGAAUCUUCACGGAUUUGCCACGCAUCCUGUGGCUCCAGCAGUCCUGCGUAGAAGGUCGAGGAGCACCAUCUACCGGCAGAUCGAGGCAGUUGUGGAUAACAUGGGCUAUAAUGGACGUGACUGCAUCUUGAGAACCCUCUGCGAGAGUCGCCAGUACUUUCAGCGCACCAAGAUGAGCAUGGUGGGCGAGAUGCUUCGUACUAUAUUCAGCUUGCCAAAGCAGAGAAUUUUCACCCGGGAACUGCACGAGAAUGGGGAUAUAGUGCACUACGAUCAGGCAUAUCGGAAUGCCCAUACCGACGACUGCACCCAGUACAAUUGUCAUUUCUCUUUGCUGGAACUGGCAUUUGGAAAAUAUACCACACCGCCGAAAAAUUAUUACGCCUAA